GAGGUUUUAUUAGUUGAGAUUCGGUGUGCAUGUUGGCUCUACCGUGGCUUACUCCGGGGCUGUAUUCAAUAUGCUGACUGAGCAAGGGCACAACCCUUACAAUCCGCCAGCACCCAUGCUUCCCUCCUUUGGUUUCACACAGGAGCAAGUGGCAUGUGUGUGCGAGGUGUUACAGCAAGGGGGAAACAUAGAGCGCCUAGCGAGGUUCCUGUGGUCCUUACCGGCCUGUGAACAUUUACAUAAGAAUGAAAGUGUUCUCAAAGCAAAAGCAGUUGUGGCAUUCCACAGAGGAAACUUUAGGGAACUAUACAAAAUUCUGGAAACGAACAAUUUUUCGCCGCAUAAUCAUCCAAAGCUUCAGGCGUUGUGGCUCAAGGCCCAUUAUAUUGAAGCGGAAAAGUUACGUGGGAGACCCUUGGGAGCAGUUGGAAAGUAUCGAGUAAGACGAAAGUUCCCUUUCCCAAGGACAAUAUGGGACGGUGAGGAGACGAGUUAUUGUUUCAAGGAGAAGUCUCGGACGGUUUUGAAGGAAUGGUACGCACAUAAUCCAUACCCAUCACCAAGGGAGAAGAGGGAAUUAGCGGAAGGAACCGGACUCACUACCAUGCAAGUUAGCAAUUGGUUUAAAAAUCGACGACAGCGGGACAGGGCAGCUGAGCAGAAAGAAAGAGAAGUCAACCCUUCCCUAACACCGGGCCACAACAGCUUGUUGCAAGAUUCGGACGGCGGAGACGAGAAACCUUUUAUGAAUGAAAUGAAACCAAAGAUGGAGGACGACCACAACCAUAACAAUCAAGGUGGAUAUGCGGACUUCGGUGUUACGGCGACGUCCGUCACCAAUAAUGCCAUCAAUAUGGCGGGAUCGGGACAACAGAACUCUACGGCGACCAACCUCUCUGGGGUUGGUCGGAAUGAUCCGGGGAAUAUGCUCCCAGAGUACCAAAGGUCCCUUUGACAACUAUCGCCUAGUCUAACACCGGGCUGGACUCUAAAUUAGCCUAGGAAAAACAAUUCUGGUCGUAUAGUAGAUGUGUUCAUAGGGUCCGUACGAGUACAGGCAAACAAUAAGAGGUCAUGAUUUAAACCUUCAGACCAUCACUAUUCUUGAUUUGACUGAAAAUUCGGGCUGUUUUAAACGGCUCGUUUUUUUAACUUAACCCCGGUUGCAGGUCCCUGGCCCAAGAGGAAUCUUAACAAUGGAGCUUGAUAAGUCUGACGUGAACAUGAACGUGUCCAUUUACGUAUUCAUUCAAUUACUUUUGGUAUAUACUGUGGUACCCUAAAGUUUUGGCUUAAGUUACGAACUUGAAUAUGAGUGUAUCGUAGUGACUGUUAUUACGACAUCUCCCUGAGGUCAUAAAGCGGAGAACUGUUAUCAUUCCCUUUCGAGAAUUUCAUGUAAUUGCACGUAAAUGGCUACGUACACGUUCGUUGUCACAGAUACGCAAUCCUUCUCACAAUGCGCCAGGGAUGCUUUUGGCUGUUUUGAGAGCUGCAUUGACCAAUGCAAAAAGCGUUUAUACUUAAACCUCCCCCUCUUGGGUAAGUCAAGAGACUUUCAAAUAACUUCAUUUGAAAGACUCUGGGUAAAUGAACACGGUCGUGGAUUGCUUGAAGCCAUAGGUAUGAUUAUUGACCGCUUAUAAGGAAGGUUAAGUGAGAUACCCUAUAGCGUACGUACCCUUGGAGCAAAUUCCCUAAGGGAGUGCAACGAUAUUCGUCUGCUGCCGGUGAACAGAAGUUGAUGGACAGAACUUUUUGUGGCUUUCUAGUGAUGGACAGAUAACAUGGCUUUUACGAUAGUGAUGAGAGCCGAACAGAAAACUGUAAUUACGUUCUUCGAUUGGUGUUUUUAACUCAGCGGGGAGUCUCAGUGUUACUCAUCAAUCGCCAGGUACUUUAAACGUUUCAAAGGCUCCGAAUUUCAAGGAGCGUUGGCCAGUAAAUCGCUUUUUUAACAUCUAUUCUAGCCUUUCGCAGGCAAAGAUUUGCUUUUCGAUGAUAGACUUCCAGCCAGAUCAUGGAAAAGUUUUAGUUCUUGAAAUAGCGACAGCUUUCAUGGACGUAGCCAAAGUGUCCAGAGAUGAUUUAAUUUUCCAGAAAAGAAAACAGGACGAUUCAUCGAUUUCGAAAAUGAAGUUCAGCUUACGGACUCACUUAGGGGUUGGUCGUUUACACUCUUUAUUACAACAUCUGGUUACGCAUGUUAAGAUUAGGAUCCUAUCAUGAUUGCUUCAAGGUAUAUCUUGAAAAAAGGGGAGGUGUUUGAAUCAUUGACCCCCCCCCCCCCCCCCAUCUGGUUACGCCUAAGGCUUUUGAGGGGAUGUAAAUAAUUUGAUAAUAUAAAAGUGCUCACAUACAUGUAUCAUAACCGAAAAGAUUUCCACACAAUAGUAAGUUGCUCCCAAACCGGGCAUAUAGACAUUACUAUAAACGAGAUAAUAGUCUGCAUUAUUACAUUAUCAUUUAGUUUACUUUUCCACCAUUAGGUAAUGAGAAACCGUGCUUUCUUCAGUUCAUUGCAGUUUAGUAUUUUCUUCGUGAUGAGUUACUUAUGCUGAAAUAUAUUGUUUUAUGAGUAAACAUCUUGGAACCAUGAUUCAGCGAAAAGAGUUUGUUAAUGUGGUGUUUAUAUAUAUAUGACUAGGUUGGUUAAUUUUAUGGUUCUUAGAUACUAAGUCAACAUAUCAUGCCAUUUUCCUUCGCCUUUUAACAUCAAUACUUCAUUUGGUGCCAUCUUUGAAUCAGUGCUAAAGCAUUAUUAUAACUCGACUUAUUUUACCAUCAGGUGAUAUCAUCAUCAUCAUCCAUCAUCAAGUCCCUUAACCUAAUUGCCGUGGGGGGGGGGGGGGAACACAGCCGUGUUCACAAUUAAUCGCCACUGAGAUUUGUUUUCGGCGGCCCGUAUUACUUGGUUCGUAUACAGUCCAGUCCACUCCUUAAUAUCGCUAAGCCGGUAUUGUUUUAAUCUGCCCCUUUUCCUCGACUGUACCCUGCAGAAUAAUGUUCGCCAGAGAGCCCUUUACACGGGUGGCUUGACCGAACCACCUGAGCUUUCUUUUCUUCACAGUUGUCAAUAAUGUGUCAAGUGGCCCUAUAAGUUCAGUCACAAGAUCCCUACCCCCACAUUGCUAGUAGAGGUAGACCAAUGGAUUGGUAACAGUUUCCGAUAACAGUUCAUUUCGAAUACCGCAAUACGUUUCUCAAUAUUCUGCUUUGAGCGUUCAUGAUUCGGCUGUGUACAGAAACACCGAUAGAACAAGUGAGCGUAGCAAACCGAGUUUUGUCGCAGUUGAGAUGGUACAGCCACGCAACAUUUGUUUGAGUCUUGCAAGCGCUGCUAUUGCAUUUGCAAUCCUAGCCUUGACCUCCUUUGUUGAGCUGCCUUCCUCGGUUUGGAUUGAUCAGGUGACAUUUCAGCAAAAAUACAACUUAUUAAACGAGGAAAUUAUUAACUGCUUUUAACUGAAAAAAAACUCCUUCGACAUUGAUGCCGAAGAGUUAACUAACUAUUGAGGGGAUGCAUUGGAUUUUCUGAUAAUUAAUGUAAAUAUACCUAGUCAUAAGAGAAACUAGUUGCAUUCUCGGUAUGCGAUCAGACGACCAUACAAGUCAUCAUAAUAGAAGCUCUGCUCCAAGUUCUCUCAGAAUUUUCAAUGCACCCAUGCUGUUAAUUACCAAUGAUUGAGAUCAGUCACUUCCGUUUUUUGUUGUUUUUUUAUCGAUGUGACACCUGUAAGUACAUUCAUUUCGGGUGAUUCUAUCGCAGUGACUGUAACCGUAUUUUGAGAAGGCGAUUUCAGCAGUGGUGAAAGGUCGGCUUGUGUGAGAGAGAAAGUCAGAUGUGAAAAAACGACAAAGAUACACAUGUAUCCUUGCCUGGAAAUCCAGACACUCCUGCUUUAUUGUACUUUGCCGAUGAGUCUAUGUAUAUAUGUUCCUGCGCAGCUGUAUAGAGAACAAUCAUUUCGUAUUGAAUUUGUACAGACUGGAGCACCUCAAGUAUUAGAUGUCGUUUUUAAUGAGGAUGAUUACAGUACAUCGAGAAAUGAACAAUUUCUGUAUAAGCAGAUGGUUACAUGUAAUUGUGUUACUGAUUCAUAGUGCGGUUUAGUUCGAGAACGGAAAAUGAACGAGAAUGAGAAAGAUAUUAGAUUAUGGCUGUGAAUCCAAUUCAAUCUAACCGCCUUCGUAUCACGUGCGGUUCCCGUCGCCUUCAAUUGAUAAGCAUGUCGUCUUUAGUUGCCUACCAAAUUAAUGUAAUUGUUUCAAUACCAGGUCGAGAAGAAAAAAAAAUCUCUCACACCAUUGCCGUUAUCGUUUAGGAAUUUAACAUCAUUAUGACGGAGUCUUCGCAAAACCUGCGCCGAAUUGCCAUUGCUUAGGACGCCUAAAAUCGAAGAGUUUGACAUCAAAAAUGAUCAAAACAGGAUUUCGAAAAAUGAAAUUGGCGUUUGCGAAACCUCCCUGCUAAUUCGACGCCGGACGCUUGUUUACGGUGUACGGGCAUUUAUUUGCUGGGCGUUUUAUUUGCAAUACUGGGGAAUUUACCGCAGCCACAGCAAGGCAUAACUGACAUAUAUGAUUAGCGAUAUCAAACAAUGUUGUGUCCCGAAGUUUUUUCAGUUAAUGAUACAAAUAUAUCAUGCCAGCAUUAAAAGCUGCAUUGAGAUACAUGCCACAUUGCUGAAAAUCAAAACAUGCCUCUUUCUUUCAUCUUUCUGAACCUUUUCCUAUUCUCAUCAUGGCAUGAUAUCUUUACAAGAUAACCUAUUGGUAUCGAUUUUGCUAAGAUAAAUAUCUCGUAUGUCUUAUGAUAGUCUUUGACGCACCUGAGUCUACAGUUAUCCAAAUUACAAAGAAAAAUAGAAUCUGUUUUAUGUUCCUACACACGCUGAUUUAUGUUUGCUUUGAAAAUAACUUGAGAGCCAUGUGGCUGUCAUUUUAUCGCUGCGCUCCCAGAUCUUGUUCAGUUUGUAGGCUACGUUACUUGUUUUAGAGCAUCGCAUUGGUUCUUUUGCGUUCAUACCGGCAGUUAUCCACCGCAAGGGAAUAAAGUUUCAGAAAUAUAAUUGCCCUUUGCAUAUAGCCUGUAACCUUGAUGACAUCAACGUCUUCACGGUCAACCACCUCCACAGCUCUAUGGGUAUUUGAAAAUGUUUCUUUUGUGAGAAAAAAUAAUAAGAGCGCCUGAGUUCAAGUUGAAAUGCUUAGCUUUGUUUUAAGCGACUUUGUACUCGAAAUGCCAAAAUGGCGUGCUACUCUGCAGUGAUUUACUAAAUCACUUUCAAAAUUUGAAAGAAUUGACAGUGAUGCAAGUUUAGUGUAGCCCAAUUUACAAUUAAGUUACAAAUUCUCAAUAAAUUGUCUAUGUGACUACCAUCUGCAACUUCGGGAUAAUUUCAAGGGACUGAACGUGAACUUUAAGUGCAAAUCCGCCACUGAUGAGGCCACUGGCGCUAAAAACUAAUUCUUUUAACCUCGAUUUUGAAAACUAAUUCGAUAAGGCGAUUCAACCGUUAAAAACAACUGACAGUAAUCUUUUAUCAAACCACUGAUCUAUAUCGUACGAUUUAGGGAAUUAAAUGUACAUGCACAUUAUUUUAAUAAAAACUAUUUUGGCCAAUAAACUCAGCCACCGUUCCGUGAUCUCGUCACCAUCGUCACCUGGUAGCGACGCGAACAGAUUUUUCAUCAUGACUACGACGAAUGACUAGUACGUCCCCCAAUCUAGUUCCAAAGUAACUCUCUAGCGUUUAGAGUGUGGGGCUACAUUAAUCGGCCAUGUUGGCUUGAAGUUUUUAAAGUUUUUAUUCACUACAUAGGAUGAGGCAGUGAUGUUUGUUAAGGCUCGGGCAAGCGAGGGCCAACCCAGCAAAUCGUCCUGUAUUAGUAAAAGCAACUAUUCUGAUGAUUGCUUUUGCAUCGACUGUGAAAUUAGUAAAAAGUGUAGUGAAAGUAACCAGCUAAAAAGUAAAAUAUCGCCAUUAGAAUGGUUAAGAAUUACUAUUUCGAUAGUUAGAUAACUAAUUUCACAUUCGGUGCAAUCCUAGCAAUUACCAGAGUAGUCAAAUGUAAUUAUGAAAUAGUUAUUUUACUAACUAGAUUUGAGAAUGUAUGACAUAUCGUGGGCUCAGGGUUAACUAGUUGUAUCAGACAUGUUGGUAGUUCUGAGAAAAACAACAUUAAAGAUUCAAAACCCAAUGGAAAUGCAGUAGUCUUGAGGAGUGUUUGUGUGUAUUACACAUCAACCGGCAUAACUACUAGUACGAUAAAGGUCAUUAAAUGUGUAUUAAGUAAAGAUAAUAAAAUCACUUUUGACAGAAAUGCAGAUGUAACUGGUUAACCCUGAGCCCACGAUAUGUAUGUACUUUGUUGUAGAGUGGUAUCGUAUGUCUAACUGGCUAUCAUACCCCUCACCCACAUACCCAAAUCAUGUCGCAAUAUGCAGCCGUUACGUGUUACAUCUUCAUACCAUUUUCGGUUGGCUUCAUUCAGAAUAAGUUUUACAUUCUGCCAAUUAUUUUCCAACUUGGUACGUUCAAGACAGUGGCUGCGCUUUGAAUUGUAAAUAAUAUAUACAUGAAAACAAAUCCGCCACCGGCCAGUUUCAAUUAUCCUUCAAAUAAGUAUAUGCCUGAUAAUGAUAAACAGUACAGUACUUAUGUCGUUUAUCAACAUAUUGUUGAUAGUAAGCGUGUUGUGUGCAACACUUUCUUGUACAUUUUGCACCCCGAUUCCUUUUCAUAAUUCGUCUUGGAGUCAUUUAUUUCCUUUUUGUCGUGGACAAUCAUACGCUUGAGCAUACUAUGGCAGGUCAGUGUCUUGUUAUGACAUAUUUAGCUGUAAUUUAAUUCCAGAAUCCAUGUUAAUGUUCUACACUCAUUCUGUACAAAUGAAUUCUUCAAAUGUAUCACAUAUGUCAAUUAUUUGUCUGCCUGUUCACUAUAUGUGUCUUUAAUCACAAUGCAAAUUCAACAUAUACAUAGAUUAUAAUUAUUA